AUUAAUAUAUAAUUUUUGAAGACUUGACUGUCUUCUGAAUGUUUUGAAUAAUAUAAGCAAAUAAUAUUGAUUUCUCAACUUUACAAGGUCAGUUCAAAGAAGUGUAUGCAUAUCAGUGCUUGUCAAACACUCAAUCACUUUAUUACCACUUGAACAAUGUCAUCAAAACCAAUAUUGUUAAAGGAGAAACCAUUUGUUGACAUGGAAGGCAUCAAUAUACAAAUUGAACCUUGCAAGACUUAUUUUAGUGACGGAUGUGUAGAAACUGCAGGAACUGAUGAAACAGAUUUACUGAGAGGAGAAUCAAAAUCUAAUUCAAAUGAAUCUACUAAUAAUUGGCCAUCGUGGUUGUUUAAACAAUCAGCAGUAAUUGGUCACGGUGCAUUGAAUACUGUUGAUUACCUUGGUGAAUCUUUGGCUAAUUUUUUUGGAAUCACGACGCCUAAAUAUCAGUUUGAAAUAAAUUAUCACAACAACAUAAUGCAAGAAAUGAAUGCGGAAAGAGUUAUCAAUGAAGAAAAUAUGAAAGGAUGGACACAACAACCUCCAAAAUGUAUUAUAACAGCAGAACCGUGUUGAGUUUACAUUCACCAUUACUUAUUUGAUUUUAAAAAUUACCCACUCAUAAUUUAUUCGAUUACAAAUAAUAUUGUAUAAUAAUAUUUGGAAUUUUUUACAUACUAUGUGGAUUGUAGAAUUUACAUUACUCUAUCAUUGAAUAUUUAUGUAUUUUCUGGAUCACUCCAAGAAUAUACACAAUUUCCUAAUUAUAUUUAUGUCUGUUAAAUGUAGUGAAGUCCACCUAAACUAACUUGCCUCAUAUAAAUAAUUGUCAAUUAA